AUGCAUUGGUUUUUUGCAUUCAUUCUUCUUCUUAUCGUUUGUCUUAUCCAUUUAUUUAUUUGUCCGUAUACAAAAGUUGAAGAAAGUUUUAAUCUACAAGCAAUUCAUGAUCUGCUUAUUCAUCGGUUCAACAUAUCAAAUUAUGAUCAUUUAGAAUUUCCUGGAGUUGUACCACGAACAUUUCUUGGACCGAUAUUAAUUGCAAUAUUAGCAUGGCCUUUUACAAACAUCUCAGCUGAUCAUCUCAUUUCUAUGCAAUAUAUCGUUCGAAUUAUUCUUGGUUUAUUAGUAAUAUCCGGUUUAACACAUUUAUAUAAAUCAUUAAAAGGUUAUUGUGAUGUAUCAACAAGACGUUGGUGGCUAAUUGUCACAUUAACGCAAUUUCAUUUCUUAUUUUAUGCAACACGAACAUUACCGAAUAUAUUUGCACUUGUUAUUGCUUUACAUUCAUUUGCUUUUUGGUUUUCAAAACGUGAAAAAUCACUUGUAUGGACAUCAGCUUUUGUCAUACUUAUUUUUCGUUCGGAGCUUGUUAUUCUAUUGGGCUUAAUUUUAUUACAAGAAGUUUUCAUAAAACAAAAGUUCACCUUUAGAAAUGUAUUAACUAAUGGAUUAAUGGCAAGUGGUUCAGCAAUAGGGUUAAGUAUACUCGUUGAUAGCUGGUUUUGGCAACGUUGGCUAUGGCCAGAAGGCGAAGUGCUUUAUUUUAAUACAAUACUCAAUAAAAGCUCACAUUGGGGUACAUUUCCAUUUCUAUGGUAUUUUUAUUCAGCAUUGCCGCGAGCUCUUGGUGCUCCACUUAUUCUAUUGCCAAUAGGUUUGACCAUCAAUAAAAAUAUUCGAUCGCUCGUAUUACCAAAUAUAUUAUUUAUAAUUAUCUAUUCAAUUUUACCGCACAAAGAACUUCGUUUCAUUAUCUAUACAUUGCCAAUUUUAAAUAUACCUAUUGCUCAAACUUGUUCUUCAUUAUUUCAACUGAGAAGACGUUGGUCAACUUUGCUUAAAUUGUUUGUUCUUAGUUUGUUAACAAUUAAUCUUGCACAAACAAGUAUUUCAUUGAUGGCUUCACAUUACAAUUAUCCAGGAGCAAAUGCUUUAAUUAAAUUGCAUACGCAUAGAAAAUAUGAAACAACAGCUACAGUUCAUAUUGAUGUUUAUUCAGCUGAGAAUGGAAUAUCUCGUUUUCUAGAAACGAAACCUUGGAUUUAUAAUAAAACAGAAAAUUUAACAAUUAAUGAACUAUCAAAUUUUGAUUAUUUAUUAGUUGAAUCAACAAGUGAUGAAGAUAUUCGUCUAAGUCCAUAUUUAUCUCAUAAUCUACAAAUUAUUGAUUUCGUUCGUGGAUUUAAUGGAUUCUAUGUUGACAAACAAUAUAUAUUGAGAAUGCGACAUCCACCAAAAAUUUAUCUAUUAGAAAAAAAGAAAUACACAAUUUAA